AUAUAAAUACCUUUCUCCAUUCCUUCACCAACCAUAUCUUUCACACAACAUUUCACAAUUUCAUCAAAAAAAUCAGAGCAACAUGCCUGUCCUUGUUGAACAUUUUGUCCCUGAAUCGAGAGUGGCCGUGGAGAAGAAAGUGGCAGAGGAGAGGAGGGAUGAUGAUGAAUCGGUGGUUCCACAAUCUAAGGAAACUGAUGGAUUCGAUGCUCCUGAUAUGAACUUCCUUGGCCAUUCUUUCAGGGAUUAUGAGAAUGGUGAAAGCGAGAGACAACAAGGUGUUGAAGAAUUCUACAGGAUGCAACACAUUCACCAGACCUAUGACUUUGUGAAGGAGAUGAGAAAAGAGUAUGGGAAACUUGACAAGAUGGAAAUGAGUAUAUGGGAAUGUUGUGAGCUAUUGAACAAUGUUGUCGAUGAAAGCGAUCCGGAUCUUGAUGAGCCUCAAAUCCAACACCUUCUCCAAACCGCUGAAGCCAUUCGCAGGGAUUACCCCGACGAAGAUUGGCUCCAUCUCACUGCCUUAAUCCAUGAUCUUGGAAAGGUUCUUCUUCUGCCAGAAUUUGGUGGUCUUCCCCAGUGGGCUGUCGUUGGCGAUACAUUUCCAGUUGGAUGCACCUUUGACUCGGCCAAUAUUCACCACAAGUAUUUCAAAGGAAAUAGUGAUAACAAUAACCCAAAAUACAACACAAAAAAUGGAGUUUACAGUGAAGGAUGUGGAUUGGACAAUGUUCUCAUGUCAUGGGGUCAUGACGACUACAUGUAUUUGGUGGCUAAGGAGAAUGGCACGACUCUUCCCCACGCUGCUCUCUUCAUUAUUCGAUAUCAUUCCUUUUAUCCAUUGCACACGGCCGCAGCUUACACCCAGUUGAUGAACGAUGAAGACAGAGAUGAUCUCAAGUGGCUCCAUGUCUUCAAUAAAUAUGACCUAUACAGUAAGAGCAAAGUUCAUGUAGAUGUCGAACAAGUGAAGCCUUACUAUAUUUCCCUCAUCAACAAGUAUUUUCCGGCAAAACUAAGAUGGUGAGAUAUAUAAACGAUGAGAGUCCCAUUAAUUGGAGAACGAGAUGGAAGUGUUCAUGAGUUUCUAUUGGUAUACAACGGAAGAUAAUGAAAACAAGGUUAUUAUCCCUAGGGUGUUCAUUUUGUAAUUUUUUUUCCCUCAGCAAUUUGAUAUUAUGUUGUAUGGAAUAAGCAUUUUAAUAUACAAAAAAAAAAAAUGAUUUCUUUCUCA